AUGGCAAGCUCAUUGCCUACUCAUUACCACUUAUCGCAACAAGUGGAGCCACUUGCCUUGGAGACGCCGAAGUCGGCUCCAGGAAUUUCGGCGUCGAUCCAGAGCAGCCCCAGCACCUUUUAUCCAACCUCGGUUCCUGGCCCUAUCGUCGAGGACGGCUUCUAUACGUACCAAACUGCAUACGCAACAGCGGAGUAUCAAGCGGCUACGAUUCAAUACCAUCAGCAUGCCCAGCAACACACGGUACAGCCUCAGCAGCCGGCGGUGUCGGAACCACAGCAUACACCUGAUACGACUGAACAAUACUAUCCACCAUCAGUACACCCGCAACAAGAGCAAUGGACUCACUACGACCCUUCAAUCGAAGUUACAACCAUCGGACAGCAACCCGCGCACGGGAGUGUAGCAUAUCACAACUGGACCACGCUCCCCAAACAUAAUCCUUGUUGGUAUUUUUGA